CUUCCCGGCAUUUUCACGCGUCCUGUUGCCAUGGAGCUGACUUUGUUUUCUUCCACCGUUUUACACAAAGUGAAAGGUUGUGCUUUAAAAUAAAGUAAGGACAUUGUGGAGAAACUCGGGAUAAGUGUGACUGUCCUCGUUGUCAAGACGUGACUGUUAUGUGAACAACAAAGUUGAAGGACUUUUAAAGUUUUCCAUCACGCUCCUCUCUGUCCCCAUAAUGAGUGGCAGAGUAGCAGGGGGCCGCCUGCAGGUCCUUCAGAUCUACCGCCUGCUGCAGUGCGUCCAUGAAGGGGAUAAGCUGCAGAUAGAAAAGAUGGUGAACCUUGGGGUGGAAAACCUCAUCAAUCUCACUGAUCCACAAGAAGGCACAGGGGUGCUUCACGUGGCAGUUUCAGCCAACAAUCAGGACCUGGUCAUCUUCCUUCUCUCCCAGGGAGCACACCCUGACGUCCAGGACAAGAAGGGCCGCACCGCAGCCAUGUUAGCUGCUGAGCUGGGCAAUGAUGCUAUAGUGGCACUGCUGGCCCAGAGCCAUGCCAACCUGAGGCUCCAAGACACUGAGGGAAAAGGUGUGCUGUUCUACUGUAUCUACCCCACCAAGCGCCACACCCGCUGCCUGCAGGUGGCACUGAAGUGCCAUGCAGAUGUCAACAAUGUGUCAGCGCAGGGGACUCAUGUCUUCCAGUUGAUGUGUGAAAAAGCCCAGAAGUGCACCUUGAUGUGUCUCAUCAUGCUGGAUGCAGGGGCAGACCCCAAUGCAACAAAUCAGAAUACAGGCCUCACAGCUCUGAUGGAGGCUGCUAAGGCAGGCUCCCUGCAGCUUGUUAAAACCAUUCUCAGGAAAGGGGGAAACCCUAACGCCCUGGACCGAAAACGCCUCACAGCAGUACACUAUGCUGCCAUGGGAGGCUUUUUUGAGGUGAUUCAGGUGCUGUCUGCAUACUCAGCAGACAUGGGAGUGAUCAACCUAGAGGACUGCACACCCCUACACUACGCUGCUGUCACGGGCAAUGCUAACUGCUGCAAGUUCUUGGCACAGAGAGGUUGUAAUCCCAAGCUCAAGAACCAGGAAGGUUUACUCCCACGUCAGAUUGCCAAAGACACGGGUCACAAAGCAGCAGCCAAGGAGCUGAAGAAAGCAGAGAGGCAACAGGGAAAAGGCCAAAAAUCCACAGAUGGCAGCCUCAUGUCAGAUCUUUGGGCCGUGACCCUCCACGACUGGUCUUAUGAGUAUGAGACUGAAUUACGGCAAGCCUUUGGGGACAAAUCAGACACAGUUACAACCGAAAAGUUUAUUUCAGUGUUAGAAGAACUGAAAGCUCCAGUUGAACUAGACCAACUCCAUACAGUCAUCUCAGCCCAUGACAAGGGGAAAGAGGGAUGUGUCAACAUUAAUGAUUUCCUCAAAGGUGUCAAGUAUAUCAAGAAACCUUUCCUCCUCUCCUCUUAUAUGCCUAAAAAGAAAAAGGGAGAAAAGGGAGGAAAAGGAGCUAAGAAGGGUAAAUUUGUCCUCCCCCUGCCCAUUUGCACUCUCCCACCGGAGCUUAUGCCUCGGCGACCAGACGGAGGCCCGCCCCACUUCAUGAUCGAAACAUACUACAACUGCUCAGACAUCCGGCGAUUUGACCACGAUCACCCGCCAGAACAUCCCAUAAUGAAUGACUCAGGAUGGUACAUGGAAAAGCCAGAUAAGGUCUACAUCAAUAUCAACUACUGUGUGAAAAGUGGGGACCUGGAGUCUCUGGACCUUGCUUUCAGUCAAGGGGUUCCUGUGGAUGUUAAAGAUCAGUUUUACAAGACCCCACUGAUGGUGGCCUGCUCCAGUGGAAACUACGAGGUGGCUCAGUAUCUCCUCAGUCGAGGGGCUGAUGUAAAUGUGUGUGACCAGUUCUUCUGGACACCUCUCCACCAUGCUGCUCGCGCUGGCCAAGUGGAACUUCUUGAACUUCUGGUGGAGGCCGGGGCUACCAUAGAUGCCCGGGCCCUCAGUGGAGGCACACCCCUCAUGAGGGCCAUCGAGAGCUCUCGACCCUCCUGUGUGGACUUCCUCAUCAAGGCCGGUGCCAGUGUUAAUGCAGAGAACAAGAAAGAACAAAACUGCCUCGACAUUGCCAGAGCUUUUGCAGACUCAAGGAUAAUUGACUUGGUCAAAGACAAGAUGGAUUCUCAACCUAAACUAAAGGAGACAGUGAAGGGAAAGGGGGCCAAAGGUCAAAAGCCAAAACCUUCAAAGGUCAUUGCUGCAGAAGGUAUAGUGCAUGCAGAGACAUCAACUACAACAGCAGGAAAGAUUUCUCUGGAGGAUUCAAAGAGCAUCAUCCUGCAAAACACCAGAAUCACUACAGGGAAAUCCAACACUGUGGACAUUACCAUUGUGCCAAAAACGGUUUGGGGGAAGCCGCCCACCACCAGCCAGCUGAUGUCAAAGAUAGAGAGACGAAAAGAGCUCUUAUCCCUCGAGGUGGACUUUGACGACUUCAUGAUGCCUUUCAGCCAUAACAUCUAGAGGACAACACUGCAGCUGGCAAAAACAACAGACUAAACCGAAAGGAGAACUUGCAAGGUAAAUCUCAAGACAUAGUCAGAAAUUAUCAGAAGGAUAGUACACAUAUAAUGUAAUCCCGCUAAUUUACCAAGCGUAUAAUCUACUUUAAUUAAUAAUUUAUUCAUUUAUCUUUGAAAAAAAAAAAAAAUCAAACCUACUUUUAUUAAUAAUCAAAAAAAAUCUUCAAGAUAUUUCUAGGUACAAACCAUUCUGUACUGUAUAUCCACAAUGCUCAGCAAGGACCGUUUGUGUCUAAGAAGCUUACAGAUAUAUAUUUGUCAAAACACUGGAACAUGCACAGAAUAUAAAGAUUUUGUUCAUAAAUACA